CAAAUAAAAGAUGGAGAAGAAGUUGAGAUCAUCAUCAGUAGCAAGAGCACUUGUUGUUCUUCUAAUUCUUGCCAUUUCCACUUGUUGUAUAGAGGCAAAACCUGCAGGAUGUAAGCCGAGUGGGAAACUAAAGGGCAUUAAACCACCCCCAGGAAAAUGUAACAAGAAAAACCAUUCAGAUUGUUGCAAAGAGGGGAAGUCUUACACCACCUACAAAUGCUCUCCUCCUCUUUCAAGCACCACUAAGGCAGUUCUGACAAUAAACAGCUUUGAGAAGGGCGGGGACGGGGGCGGUCCAUCUGAGUGUGACAACAACUACCACUCCGAUGACACCCCGGUGGUGGCGCUGUCCACGGGGUGGUACAGCGGGGGAGACCGCUGCUUUCGCAACAUCAGCAUCCACGGGAAUGGGCGGAGCGUGAGGGCUAUGGUGGUGGAUGAGUGUGACUCGUCGCAGGGGUGCGAUGAAACUCAUGACUAUCAGCCGCCGUGCCCUAACAACAUUGUGGAUGCGUCAAAAGCAGUGUGGAAAGCGUUGGGUGUGCCUCAAGACCAAUGGGGCUGGCUUGAUGUAACCUGGUCCUUGGCCUAGAUUACAUUCAUUCAUGAUUCAUCUCAUAUGAUAUGAUGCUCCGAUCCGAUCCACUUCCUCCGUUUUCAGCGCUCAUUACCUUCAUGUUCGCUCCUUUAAUUUCAAAUAAUAUGCAGCUCCUAAAGCCUCAAGCUCUCAACUGCGCAUGCCCGAUUGCCCGCCCACUUUUUAAUUUCCAAAUUUCCCAAAUUAAAAUAAAUCUUGAAACUUCUUGUAUUGUUAUGUUAUAUACUAGUGUUUUACCCGUACAUUUAUUUUCAGAA